CGAUUCAUACUUAGGUAUGCCUCUAAUUAAUAUCAGUGGACACCAAUACUAAAUACUACAGCCCCAGCUCUAUUCCAUGGACAAUUUGAGCCAAACCAUCACAAUAGUGGACCAAAAACUAUUGUGGAAUUCAUGCGAUCCAUCCUUGAGUAAUAACACAGAGUUCUGAACUCGUCUAGUCCUCAAUUUCAUAUAGUAGAUGGCUACAAGAAUAUAACCCUACGGCGAGACUGUGAACAGGAGAAGUUACCCAAGAACGCUUCCAAAUUUCAAAAUAGCGAUGAUUGGUAUUGCACACCCACUUCAAAUUUGAGUUUGACUCCGCGGUAUUGUAAAUCAGAAGUUCAACUACCGGUGUUAAUCGACCCAAAAGUACCUCGAUCUCCUACUCUGAAUGAAAUUCUGUUGCACGGGUUCGAAGUAAAAUGGAAUCUCAGCAAGGGUUGCGAGAGUUGCGUGUCAAGAAACGAUACCUGUCAUUACAACACCACAACCAUGCGACCAUUUUGCCAGACAGAGGCAAUCACUAAUCAGGAUAAUUCAGGGUCUAAGUUCAAAUCCAUGAGUUUCAUCUUUGUAAUAGGUAUCCUGGGCAGCGCAUUGUUAGUGCUUGUGCUAUUGCAGGUAAUUGCUUAUCGAAAGAAGAUUUCUGGCUUCAGCCUUCAGGUGCAUAGGAGGCGUGAUAACCCGCAGUUCAUUUCCCAGGUAGAGACAUUUCUACACAAUUUUGUCGAUCAAAUGCCAACCAGAUAUUCGUAUUCAGACAUCAAGGAGAUUACCAACAACUUUACACAUAAACUGGGUGAAGGAGGGUUUGGUGAGGUUUUAUAAAGGAAGGCUACCAAGCGCUAGUCUUGUGGCAGUCAAAAUGCUUGAUCAGUCGAGGGAAAGCGAGACUCAGUUCAUGAACGAAGUGACAACCAUUGGAAGGAUUCAUCACAUUCAUCUGGUUCGCUUGUUAGGGUAUUGUUUCGAAGGAUGUACAAGUGCACUCGUCUACGAGUACAUGGCAAAUGGAUCUCUGGACAGAUUUAUAUUUGGAAGCACAGGAGGAGGUCAAAUUCCGAAUUGGGAUCAACUGUAUUCAAUUGCUCUUGGGGCGGCUCGUGGAAUUGCGUAUCUUCACAAUGAGUGUCACAGCCGCAUCAUUCACUUCGACAUAAAACCGCACAAUAUAUUGUUGGACGAGGAGUUUACGGUCAAAGUAGCUGAUUUUGGCCUGGCCAAACUGAGUGGGAGGAGAGAUGACCACGUAUCGAUGACGGCAGCGAGGGGGACGCCAGGAUAUGUUGCGCCAGAGGUGUGGUCUAGAAAUUUUGGACCCGUAACAGACAAAUCAGAUGUUUACAGUUUUGGCAUGAUGUUAUUGGAGAUGGUAGGAGGAAGAAAGAACGUUGAUGUACAGGCGAGCCAUUCAAGCCAAUUCUACUUUCCAGACUCUGCUAUUAAAUUAUUAGAGAGAGGGGAGCUGAGGACAAGGUUGAGAGAAAGAGACUUGAGCGAUGCAGAGGAGGCCAGGGCAAGGAGUUUGACUAAAGUGGGGCUUUGGUGUAUUCAGUACAAUUCGAGGGACAGACCGUCAAUGAUGAGGGUGCUUCAGAUGUUGGAAGGAGAUGCCGACGACAUACCAAAUCCUCCGAUUCCGUUCGACGCUCGCCUGCGACCGGCACUGUUUUCUGCCAGUGAAGAAUCAUCCUCCAUUGCAAUCGAAGCGGCAUAAUAGAUUUUACACGUCUGGGAAAUUUUACUGGUUGCGGAAUUUUUCAGUCAAUAUGUUUUCCAAUUUUCCCACAGGUUUAUUGGAGCUUAGAAAUUAUGCCCGUGUAAAAAUUAGGCUGUUUCCUAAUGUUUUUUUUUUGCUUUGAUAGUUGCUAUCAAAGAGUGAAUUUGCUUUCUUGUUUUUGCUUUUGAUAUGUUUUAGUAUUACUCUGUAGAUGGCAGCCGUUUAACAUGGUGGCAUAAGUGUUCUUUGUAGCAAAUCAUGUAUUAAUAUUAAGAUUGCAUCCUUUGUUAGG